AUGAAGAAGCUGCAUGGUUUUACUAUUUCCUUUUUGCUCCUGAAGUUUUCUCUCAUUUUGUGCUGUUGGACUGAACUCAGUUGCUUUUGGAGGAUAAAGAAUAUUGAAGAUAAUGAUGGACAUUUGAGAAGUGACUGUGGUUUUUCGCUUAUGUUACAGGAGGAAGCUAUUGAAGACAAUUUGUAUAAUCAACUUAUUCCUUUUAGACUACAAAAAAGAAAAUCUGAGUUUCUUCUGGUAAUGAUUUUUGCUGCUGAAGAGAUCAACAAGAAUCCUUAUCUUUUACCCAACAGGUCUUUGUAUUUCGACAUCAUUGUUGGCCAAUGUGGAGAUACAUUGGGAAUUCUGGAUUUAGUAUAUUCAGAACAAAACCAUAGUUUGGAGUUUAUUAAUUAUAUCUGUGGAUUAGAUCCAACGUGUGGUGCAGACAUUAUAGGACCAUCAUGGAAAUCAUCCUUAAGACUAGCACUUUAUUCUAGGACACCAAUGGUUUUCUUUGGACCAUUUAAUCCUAACCUAAGUGACCAUGACCAGUUGCCCUUUGUCUAUCAGGUAGCCACGAAGGACACCCAUUUGUGUUAUGGCAUGGUUUCCUUGAUGGUUCAUUUUAGAUGGACUUGGAUUGGACUGGUCAUCUCAGACAAUGACCAAGGUAUUCAGUUUCUCUCAGACAUGAGAGAAGAAAUGCAAAGGCAUGGGAUCUGUUUCGCUUUUGUGAAUGUGAUCCCAGAAAACACGCACUUAUACAUGACAAGGGCUAAGGUAUAUGAUGAACAAAUUACAACAUCAACAGCAAGGGUUGUUAUCAUUUAUGGUGAUAUGAACUCUACUUUAGAAAUUAGCUUUAGAAGAUGGGGAUAUUUAGGUGCUCAGAGAAUCUGGAUCACAACCUCACAAUGGGAUGUUAUCACAAAUAAAAAAGAUUUCACCCUUGAUUUCUUCCAUGGGACUGUCACUUUUGCACACCACAAAGGUGAGACUGCUAAACUUAGGAAUUUUAUGCAAACAAUAAACACUUACAAAUACACAGUAAGCAUUUCUGACUCUGUCCUGGGGUGGAAUUAUUUUAAUUGUUCAAUCUCUAAGAACAGCAAUAAAAUGGUUCCUUUUACAUUCAUCAACACAUUGGAAUGGACAACACUGCACAAAUAUGACAUGGUCCUGAGUAAUGAAGGUUAUAAUUUGUAUAACAUGAUUUAUGCUGUGGCCUACACCUACCAUGAACUAAUUCUUCAACAAGUAGAGUCUCAGAAAAUGGCAGAACCUAAGGGAUUAUUCAUGGACUGUCUGCAGAUGUUGAACUGCUUGCAGGAUCAAGCCAUCUGCCAAUGA